AAACAUGGCGACCUCCAUAGGCAUGGUGGGAAGACUUGGCUCAGUAUUUAAUGUAUUAAAACCGGUUGCUAGACAGUAUGCAAGACAGGGCACAAUACUUUUCACUCAGCGUCGUUUGGCUCAUGGCGUGCGCAGCAGCCUUUACGAACACGUCCGUGAUGGCUACAGUGACAAGCCGGAAUUGGACAUGCAACUUGUAUGCGAGGAGACCGACAAAGUCAUAGCUAAUGUUGUAACUCGUAAGGGGGAUUUGCGUGGAGAGGACGUCAAACUAAUUGUGUAUGUGUGGCAGCAGCUCCAGCAGGUGAGGAAGGAAGUCUCUGAGCUGGAGGAAAAGAAGAAAUGGAUUAGUGAGCGGGUCAGAGCGCUGGUGGAGAAGAACGACAAGAAGUCACUAGCCAAUCUGCCAGAGCACAGGCAGGCCAGAGAGGAGGGCAGAGAGAUCCGCAACAGGCUGAGCCAGCUCUACCCCAAACAGAAUCAGCUGGAGCAGGAACACUACAGACAAGCCCUCCGACUGCCCAACACCACACACCCUGACGUGCCAAUCGGAGACGAAAGCCAGGCAAGGGUGGUAGAGCUGGUUGGUCAGAAGCCAGUGUUUGACUUCAAACCCAGAGGACAUGUCGAGCUGGGGGAGGGGCUGGGUCUUAUCAGACAGAGGAACCUUGCUCACAUCUCAGGCCACAGGUCGUACUACCUGAGGGGGGCAGGGGCCAGACUCCAGAUCGCUCUGCAGAAUUUUGCCUUAGACACUCUGCAGCGGCGGGGCUUCAUUCCAAUGGCAGUGCCAGACGUACUGAAGGGGGCAGUGUUUGAGGGGUGUGGGAUGCAGCCCAAUGCCCAUCGCUCCCAGGUGUACUCUCUGGAUCCCGGCCGCUUCCCGGACCUCAACCUGGCUGGUACUGGCGAGGUGGGCGUGGCAGGUUACUUCAUGGACCAUGCAGUAAACUGGAGGGACCUUCCUGUCAGGUCAGUGUGUAGCAGUACUUGCUACAGGGCAGAGACAGACACGGGCAGAGAGGCUUGGGGGCUCUACAGAGUUCACCACUUUAACAAGGUGGAGAUGUUUGGAGUGACAGCAGAUGAAACAGGAGAUGAGAGUUCUCAGCUUCUGGAGGACUUCCUGUCUCUGCAGAAGGAGAUCUUCUCUUCUCUGCAUCUACACUACAGAGUGCUGGACAUGCCCACACAGGAACUAGGCCCACCCGCCCACAGGAAGUACGACAUUGAGGCCUGGAUGCCUGGGAGGGACUGCUAUGGAGAGAUCUCCAGUGGCUCCAACUGUACAGACUACCAGAGCAGACGACUCAACAUCCUGUAUGAGAGGCAGGACGGGAGUCUGCAGUACGCCCACACGGUGAACGCUACUGCAUGUGCUAUUCCCCGAACCAUCAUCGCCAUACUAGAGACUCACCAAACCAAGGAGGGGAGUGUGCUUGUGCCGCAGGUCCUGCAACCCUACAUGGGGGUGGAGGUGAUCGAGAAGCCCCAAUACUCUCCUCUGAGGUACAUCGGACCCAACCAGCCCAACCGACCCCCUCGUCCGACCCCAAGGACCAGGUGACAGGUCCAACCGGACCAGUACCAAGACACGCUGCUGCCAGAAUCAACACUGUACACAACCGCACUAGACUUUAAUGCGUUCUGUAGUCUGUUGUCUACUGUAAAUAUGUUUAAACCAUGUUGUCUGUGAGAAAGCAUCCUUUUAUUGAUAAGUAGAAUGAUUCUGUGAUGUAAUAAAAUAUGAAGUA